GGCUGGGGCGGUGACCGGGCGCAGCGCACCGCGGCUGCAGCGGGAGCGGAGAAGCGCGCAGAGCCGGCCAUGGGCAAGUCAGCUUCCAAAGAGUUUAAUAAUGAAGUCCUAAAGGCCCACAAUGAGUACCGGCGGCAGCAUGGAGUCCCCCCACUGAAGCUCUCCAAGAAGCUCAACCGAGAGGCUCAGCAGUAUUCAGAGGCCCUGGCCAGCACAAGGAUCCUCAAACACAGCCCAGAGUCGAGUCGUGGCCAGUGUGGGGAGAAUCUAGCAUGGGCAUCCUAUGAUCAGACAGGACAGGAGGUGGCUGAUAGAUGGUAUGGUGAAAUCAAGAACUACAACUUCCAGCAGCCUGGCUUUACCUCUGGGACUGGACACUUCACUGCCAUGGUGUGGAAGAACACCAAGACUAUGGGAGUGGGGAAGGCAUCUGCAAGUGAUGGGUCCUCCUUCGUGGUGGCCAGAUACUUCCCAGCAAGGAACAUUGUCAACCAGGGCUACUUUGAAGAAAAUGUCCUGCCUCCAAAGAAGUAAUUUGUCCAAUGGAAUGGGAAAGUGGGAGACAUAGGAAUGCAGCUAUUAAGUGCCUAGAACAAUGAAAAAAAAAAACAAAACAAACCAGCUGCGAGUCUGUCCCUGUGGAUAUAUGUACUUGUGUGUAUGAUGCGUGUAUCUCCUAAGCACACACUUGAAUGUAUAGCUCUGGAUGAACUCUUUCUUAAAGGAGUUAAUCAGUGUUAAAGAAAUGAACAUCGGAAGCGUUUAUCUAGAUGGUUACCCACACCACAAUUGUAUUCUGAGAGUUGGGUAGAGGGAAGGGGAACCAAUUAAUUUUUUUCUUUUUGUUGUUUUUAGGAGCCAAUUUCUUUUGUACCUUUCCCACCCCCCCCAUGUCCACCCUUGGACAUUUUCUAUGCCAUAUAUUUGUAAUGCUAAGAACUGAAGAUCAUCCUAUGUGAUUUUCAUGCAUUGAAUUCAGUAGAUAUCUCAGAGUAUUAAACCCUCAUUUAACUGUGCCAUAGAACAGCCUGCAUUGAUGACCUAGAGCAGCAGCCAGAGUUACUUCACAGAGUCAGUGAGAUUUCUCAGUUGGAAGACAUGAGGUCAUCCACCAUGCCUCCUGGGAUUUGCUAAUGGGAUUGCCAACGAACAAAUAGAGCAAAAGCUUUUCUUCGGAGCUCAAUGUUACCCCUGGUUUCUGGGGAGUUGGACUAGGUCUGGAAUGCACACAUGCACACACACACACACACACACACACACACACACACUGCCCCCAGGUGGCCCAGGGGCCUUGUUCUUAGAGAGAGCACUUCACACUGCCUGGGAAACUAGCCAGGAGGCUUGGAGGAUGAAGUCAGUGGUAUGAGGGUGAGGGUGACCUCACCCAGGGCCCCUGGGGGGAGCCCUCCAGACUCUGCCCUACCCCCAUC